GGACCUCUGCUUCACCGGAAAGGAAUUCAGAUGCCCCGAUCCGAGAGAGGGAGAGAGAGAGGGAGAGAGAGAGACCGGGGUUAGACCGACCGGCAUGGACACGGCUACACAGCACUGAAGAGCUGAGCAAAACUGGACUACAGAGCAAGCAACUCAGCAAGAAACUUUCUGCAGAUUUUGAUUGAGAUUUGGUGAAAUGUGCUGAAGUUUUGCUGGAAUUUCUACAACUUUUUGGAAAUUUUUAACACAAUUUUGGGCUAAAUCUGACUGGAGAAGAACAACUGACCAAGAAACAUACUGAAACUAUUCGGAUUUUGAUAGAGAUUUGGUGAAACGUGGCGAAUUUCUGCAGGAAAUUCUAUGACAUUUUGUAAAUUUUUCUCCAAAUUUUAAACACAAUUUUGAGCUAAAUCUAUCAGACUGGAGUAAGGCAAUUGAGGACAAAGAAAAAUACUAAAAACUAUUUGGAUUUUGACAGAGAUUUGGUGAAACGUGGUGAGCUUUUGCUGGAAUUUCUACCACUUUUUGCAAAUUUUGUCCAAAUUUUUAAACAAUUUUGGGUUAAGUCUCAGAUUGGAGCAAAACAAUACAGGAUCAAGAAACAUAAGCAAAAAUAUUUGGAUUUUGAUCAAAAUUUGGCAAAACUUGAGUAACUUUGGCUCUUGCAUCUCAACUUUUCCACUCAUUUUCAAGCAAUGUUGCAGAACUUUCCAGACUAGCAGAGGACUAUACAACAGAUUAAAGCUCAUCUGUGAACAUUAUCCAAGCAACAUAUUUCAAUUCUUAUAGAGAUUUGCUGAAACGUUGCCUCACAUCUCCACUUUUUUGGACUUUUCCCCCAUUCAUUUUAACACGAUGUUGGAUUACCUCUCCGACCGCUACGUCCUGGCUCCGAUUUUGGUGAUAACUGCACAUUUUUUGACAGCUGCCGGGUUUUGGUUUUACUGCCGAAGCCGCAGACGCACGUGGGGUUAUGAACAAGAUGAGCGGGACCGGGUGCAGAAGAAAACGUUCACGAAAUGGGUCAACAAACAUCUCAUCAAGGUGAGGAAGCACAUCACCGACCUGUACGAGGACCUGAGGGACGGACACAACCUCAUCUCAUUAUUAGAAGUCCUCUCUGGAGUCACGCUGCCGAGAGAAAAAGGCCGGAUGAGGUUUCACAGACUACAGAAUGUUCAGAUUGCGUUGGACUUCCUGAAGCAGAGACAGGUCAAACUUGUGAACAUCAGGAACGAUGACAUCACCGACGGAAACCCCAAACUCACCCUGGGCCUCAUCUGGACCAUCAUCCUCCACUUCCAGAUUUCGGAGAUCUACGUGAGCGGGGAGUCUGGAGACCUGACGGCCAAAGAGAAGCUGCUGCUGUGGACUCAGAAGGCCACAGAGGGAUACCCCGGGCUCCGCUGCUCCAACUUCAGCUCAUCCUGGAGCGAUGGGCGAAUGUUCAACGCUCUGCUGCACCGAUACAGGCCCGAUCUGAUCGACAUGAAGCUGGUGGAGCGACAGAGUAACAGAGAGAACCUGGAGCAGGCCUUUGAGAUCGCAGAGUCUUUAGGAGUCACACGACUGCUCGACGCUGAAGAUGUGGAUGUGCCCUCUCCAGAUGAAAAGUCCGUCAUCACUUACGUCUCCUCCAUCUACGACGCCUUCCCGAAGAUCCCCGAGGGAGGAGAGGGCGUCGCCGCACACGAGGUGGAGCAGCGGUGGGCUGAGUACCAGGCCCGGUUCUCCUCUCUGCUCCAGUGGAGCCGACAGCACACGGCCCUCAUGGCCAACAAGAACUUCCCACAAAACCCUGUGGAACUCAAGGCACUUUACAACGAGUACGUCCAUUUCAAAGAGACAGAAAUCCCCUCAAAGGAGAAGGAAAAAGGUCACAUCGAACAGCUCUACAAACUACUGGAGGUGUGGAUAGAGUUUGGUCGUAUUAAGCUUCCUCAGGGCCUCCAUCCAAACGACCUGGAGGAGGAGUGGGGCAAACUCAUCCUGGAGAUGCUGGAGAGAGAAAAGGCUCUGAGACCGGCCGUCGAGAGACUUGAGCUGCUGCUACAAAGAGCCAACAAGAUCCAAAACAUGGCUCUGGACUGUGAGGAGAAACUGACGUUAGCGAAGAACACACUACAAGCUGACAUGUCCCGGGUGGAGAGCGGGGAGUCGGUGCAGUGUGAGAGGGACAUGGCCUGUUACCUUCAGGACUGUGAGGCUCUCAUCAGGAACCUGAACCAGGAACUCAAGGUUCUGAGGGACGAGAGGUACUACCAGGUGGAGCAGCUGGCCUUCAGAGUGUCGUGCCUGCAGGAGGAGCUGGUCUCCCUCCGGCUGCAGUGCUCCAGUCUCUACAGGAAGGGUCACUUUGGACAGGCCCUGAGCGGGACAGGGCCAGAGCUCACCCAGCGCUCCCAGGACGGAGGGCUCUCUCUGGGACAGACUCUGCUGGGAGCCGUGGGCGCUGUGGGGAUGAUGGGCGCCGCUCUGCUCCGGAGGCCCAUGGACCGGUCUCAGUUAGUGGCCAUGUCUUCAUCUGAGGACGAGGGGAGUCUGAGGUUCAUCUACGAGCUGCUGGGAUGGGUCGAAGAGACACAGGACCUGUUGGAGCAGGCGGAGUGGGGCGCAGAUCUCCCCUCUGUGGAGAAACACCUGACGGAGCAGAACUCCAUCCACACAGCGGUGGAGGAUCUGAUGAGCAGCCUACAGGAGGCACGCAGCUACGAGCCCAAAGUCUCGCCAAAUUUCAAGAGCAGUUACUCUGAAACCCUGGCCAAGCUGGAGCACCAAUACUGCAAACUACUGGAACAGUCGUCGUGGCGCCUGCGAAGUCUGGAGAGUCUGCACGAGUUUGUGUCGCGGUGCACGGAGGAGCUCAUCUGGCUCAACGAGAGAGAGGAGGAGGAGCUCGCCUUCGACUGGAGCCAUGGCAACCCCAACAUGAACGCCAAGAGGGAACUUUACUCUGAAAUGAGGUUAGAGCUGGAGGAGAAACGGGAAGUGAUGCGGUCGCUGCAGGAAACAGCCGGACGCCUGUGUCAGGAGAACCAUCCCGCCAAACAAACCGUAGAGGCCUACAGCGCAGCUCUUCAGACUCAGUGGCAGUGGGUGAACCAGCUCUGCCUCUGUGUGGAGCAACAUCUCAAAGACAACACUGCGUACUUCCAGUUCAUGAGCGACGCCAGAGACUGCGAGUCGUACCUGAAGCAGCUCCAGGACACCAUAAAGAGACAAUACACCUGUGACAAGAACAGCAGGCUCAGCAGACUGGAGGAUCUGCUGCAGGAUUCUAUGGAGGAGAAGGAGCAGCUGAUCGAGUACCGGGGCACAGUGGCCAGUCUGGUGGGACGAGCCAAAACCGUGGUCCAACUCAAACCCCGAAGUGCGGAGACCCCCCUCGGCUCCACCACCCCCAUCAGAGCCAUAUGUGACUACAGACAGAUCGAGAUCACCAUAAACAGCGGCGAGGAGUGCGUCUUGGAGGACAGCUCACACCGGACCAAAUGGAAAGUGAUCAGUCCGACAGGAAAUGAGGCUAUGGUCCCGUCCGUGUGCUUCACCAUCCCCCCUCCCAACCAGGACGCCAUCGACACUGCUGCCAGGGCGGAGCAGCUGUACCAGAAGGUGAUGUCUCUUUGGCACCAGCUCCAUGUGAAUAUGAAGAGUGUCGUAUCGUGGCAUUACCUGCUCAAAGACGUCAGGACGGUCUCAGCCUGGACCCUGGACACUGUGCGUUGCCAGUCCCCCUCAGAGAGACAGCAGACCCUAGACCAGCUGGACUCUCACUGGACGGACUUCGUGAGUGACAGUAAAGAGAGCGCUCUGUUCACCGCAGCAGACACGCAGGAGCUGGAGGCAGAGGUGCUCCAGGCCCAGCAGCACUGUCAGGACCUGCUGCUCAACAUGGAGACCGUGGAGAAGGACGAGUCCGUGUCGCGCUCGUACCUGUCUGAGCUGCAGGACAUCACUCUGCGUCUGAAUGAAGCAGAACAGAGGCUGAUGAGGAGCAUCCAGACGCCUCUGCCCAGUCUGCUGUCCACAGACCCCUCAGAGAACACCGUACAGAUCACAGAGCAGGAGAGGUUGCAGCUGGAGUUGGACGAUCUUCGCUUUGGUCUGGGCGAUGUCUCUCGCCGCUGUAUUCGCUUCUUUGAGGAGAAACCUUCGUCCUCGAGUAUCCCCGCCCUCCGCUCCGAACUCAACUACGCCGUGGACAAGACCGACAAACUGCACAACCUCUCCACCGUCUUCCUCCAAAAACUAAAGACUGUUGACGUUUUAAUACGAAGCCUGGACGAAGCAGAGAGCCAGGUCAAAAAGUACGAGAGCAGACUGAGCGAAGAAGACAUCGUUCCUCCUGAUACGACGGCCAUUAAAAACCUCAGAGACCAGCUGCAGCGGUGGCAGGCUGAAGUUACAGAUCAGGAGGGCAUUUUCCAGUCUCUUCAGUCUGAGGUGGCCCAGGCCAAAGAGGCAGGAUCUCAGCUCAACAGAAUCCACCCAGAACGCAGCCCUGAACUGGACCGGUACCAGGAGAAAGCCCACCAGCUGAGCGAGAGGUGGAGCGGAGUCAAGAGGCAGAUCGAGACCAGACAAACAGAGCUGGAGGCGCUGGGCUCGUCUCUGCAGCUGUACAGAAACGGACACUCGGCUUUGAUCAAAUGGAUCGAAGAAACGACAGAAAGACAAGAAAACACCCAACCAGGACAAACGGACAGCAAGGCCCUGUCUGAACAACUGGCCCAGCAGACGGCGUUAGUAGCUGAAAUAGAGAAGAAUCAGACCAAACUGGACGAAUGCCAAACUCACUCCAAACAGUACUGUACAGCUGUGAAGGAUUAUGAGCUGCAGCUGAUGACGUACAGAGCCUUUGUGGAGUCGACGCACAAAUCGUCUGUGAAAAGGAGGAGGCCGCACUCAUCCUCUGACGUCAUCACUCAGGAGUUCAUGGACUUGCGCACACGUUACACAGCCCUGGUCACUUUAACCACUCAACACGUGAAGUACAUCAGCGACGCCCUCCGGAGGCUGGAAGAGGAAGAGAAAGAGGUGGAGGAGGAGAAGCAGGCCAGAGUGGGACAAGUGUCUGACCUUCUGGGAUGGGUCAAAGGGCUGCAGCGUCGAGCAGGAGGUCCAAACGCAGAGUCCUCUCUCGCCGCUCAACAGGCCAUUGCUGAACAGCUCGCCUCUAAAAAGGAUGAAGUCGCUGAAGCCAUCCGAAGCACAGAAGUCUUCCUCAUGUCGAAACAAGCCAGCAAAUUGUCCCCAGGGGAGCGCGCUCAGGUGGAGGCUCAGCUCGAGGAUCUCAAAGCCACCUACAACCAGAUCUGCACCUCCUCCAACCAACAGCUACAACAACUGGAGCAGCAGCUGGCCAAAGAGGAGGAGAGAAAGACUCAUCCUGUCAUUGCCGGAGUGAUUGACCUGGGGACCGUGGAGACUUUCCCCGUGUUUCAAGCAGCCCAACGUGGACUCAUUGACCAGGACACGUGCUUGGUUCUCCUGGAGGCACAGCUAGUUUGGGGCGGCCUUCUUCAACCUCAGUCCGGUUUCCUUAUAUCGCUGGAGCAAGGAGAAGAUAUCGGACUUGUAAACGGACACACGCAGCAGUGCCUUUCUGAACUUAACAACGCCCUCUAUCUUAUGGGAAAGAACGCGCAACUAAAUGUUAAGUCAGUUGUUAACGCGAUUGAGAAUUCCUUAAUCAGAGAGGAGCUUGGUCUUCACGUACUGGCUUUGCAAUUGAAUUCUGGUGGGCUUAUAAAUGAAACAAAUGAAACUAGAAUAAGUAUUGAGCAAGCAGAAGACCUGAAAAUCUUAACUCCCAAUCUUGCUCGAAAAUUACACUCAAUGUCAAACGCGAAAGAGCUAAUUGACCCAAAUACUGCUGAGAAACUAAGUCUCUCAGAUCUCCAACAACACUGCAUUACCGACGAAGAUUCUGGAUUUUUAUUGCUUCCCGUCAAACAGCAAGCAGGAGGUACCGUUUGCUUGCGUUCUGGAAGAAAAGUAGGAAUUUUCAGAGCUAUCCAAGAAGGACUGAUCGACCGAAAUGUGACUGUCCGUCUUCUAGAGGCACAGCUUUUUGCAGGAGGUAUUGCUGAUCCACGUUCUGGCCAUAGACUCACCGUUGAUGAAGCUGUACGUCACGGGUUAAUGGACCAGGAUCUCGCUUGCGCCAUUUUAGCGAGACAGCUCCAACAUGGCGGCAUCGUUGAUCCGUUCUGCGAUGGGGAACGCUUGGAUUUGGAAGAAAGCAUUCGUAGGGACUUGCUUUCCCCUCGCCUCGCUUUAUUGGUGCUUGAGUCGCUUUGGUCUUACAUGGGAAUGCUGUGGCCAAAAUCUGGUGAAAUCCUACCCAUAACUGAAGCUCUACAACAAGGCGUAAUAUCAGGGGAGCUCGCUAAAAACAUGCUAAGACAGCGGCAUGUCAUAGGAGCCCUGUACAACCCUGAAACGUUGCAAGUACUACCUUUCAAUGAUACAGCUAAGGAAACUCUUGGUGCAAAUAUUGUCCGUAAACUUCAAGACACACAUAUUCCGGAUAUUGUUCCCAACACAAACCAAUCUCUUUCUCUGUCACGUUUGAGCUGGAAUUCAACAAGUUCCUCUACACCUCCAUCUUCUCCGUUGGGGCCAUCUUUCCCCAGUCCACCUAUAUGGGACAUCCAAUCUGUAAACUCCCAAGAUCCGGAAGAGGAAGCUAAACAAAAGCUCCUGUUUCACAUAAUGACACAUAGCUACAUGGAUGCACACACCGGGAGACGGUUGGUUUUGCUGGAUUCAGAGUUGCUGGAGUUGGUCGCAGCUUUUGACCAGUUUUCUGAAGAUGGAAAUCAGCUUGUAAGAACUGAAACUGUAGAUGUUCCACAUCAGGGAGCUGUGGAAGAAGAUGGAACUAAAAUUGUUGAAAUGAAAGAAGAUAUUCAGAGACAAGCAAAAUCGGAAGCUGACAAAGUUAUCAAACAAUCGGGCGAAAUUGUGAGACUACAAAAUGGUAAACAAGCAAAAAUAAAAGCUGUAAGUCAAGUGGAUGAAAAUGUAGAUGAUAAGAAUAAGAACCUCAAAAAUGAAACUGAGGAAACUGGACAUUUUGAAGAUAUUACCACACUGGCCAAUACAGAAAUCUCCAAUGCUAAAAUUAUAACAGAUCCUGCCACUACUGUAACAUCAGAGUCAGAGAAAGCUGUUUUGUCCAAAGUAGAAAGUAAAAAAGCUCUUGAACCUGCUCAAAUGGACAAAACUAAGCCACAAUUGUCUACUGUCUUCGGGCAAGAUGACAGCUUGAAGCCCACAGAGGAGACUGAGGAGGAGAUGGAAAUUUCACGGUUGGUUGCAGAGCUUAAAGAAGGAGGUCUGAAGACUCCAGAAGGGGACAGACUACUCCCAGAUGAGGCUGUAGCUCAGGGCAUCCUUCCUGGCCACACUGCAGUCAAGCUGAUGUCCCAAGCUGGUUUAUUCGGCGGUUUUGUUGACGCCAGCACUGGAGACUCAUUGAAUUUGGAUGAUCUGAUGCAAGAAGGUCUGGAAGGCGAAGAUCUCAUGUGGAGUAUACUAAAAUCAGACAAAACUCUUGCUGGGGUUAUAGAUGCCGAAAAGGGUAAGAUUCUGGGAGUGACAGAAGCAGCUAAAGAAGGGUUGAUUGAUACAAAUACUUGCAGUAGACUUUUGGAAGCUCAAGUUGUGUCUGGGGGCAUUGUAGACCUCAACCGUGACAAGAAAAUAUCAGUUACUCUUGCCACCAAUAUGGGACUAAUUGAUGAGGAGCAAAGAGAGCCAUUGAUUGCUUUGGAGAAGGCUUACAAAGGCAAAAAUACCAACCUUGAAACUGCCAUGACUAAAGCCUCAUUACAGCUACAAAUUGAAGGAAUAAUUGACCCUGAGUCGAAAUGUCCUUUACCAUUGGAGAGAGCAUUGCAAAAAGGGCUCAUCAAACAGGAAGAUGCUUAUAAGGUUUUGGCUAAGCAGGUUGCAGAAGGUGGGAUAAUCCAUCAUGAAUCUGGCCUGAGGUUGCCUGUUUCGGAUGCAGUUGAUCGAGGACUCGUCGACCGAUCUCUGGCCCCGGGACUCGAGGAGCUGGAGUGGGUUUACCAAGGCAAAACAAACCAGUCAUCAAACGAAGAAGCUGUAGUUUUGCAAGCAUCUACGGGCGCUGUUUUGGAUCCAAGCACAGGACAAAAACUGACUUUGACUGAGGCGGUUUCUAAAGGUCUGAUAAAUGAAGUAACUGCUAACAACGCUAUGACAUCUCCUGGUGUAAAACAAGGAAUUAUUGACCCACAAACUGCUUGCAUUGUGCCUUACUCUGAUCUCGCAAACCAGGGUAAGAUAGAUAUCGAAACUGGAAAGCGCUUCCUAGAAAUUAAGCCAUUUAGAGGUAUUCAAGGUGAGAAAACUGGUGUAAUUAUGACACUUCCCCAGGCUAUUGCAUCUAAAAAGGUUGACCCCAUCCCUGCUAUGAGGGUUCUGCAAAGCCAAGCAGACAGUGGAGGCAUUAUCGACAUCACAACUGGCAAGAGAGUUACCUUAGGUGAAGCAAUUGGCAAAGGUUUAGUGGAAGAAGAUAUGGCAAAAACAAUAGCUGCCAAUCAGUUAAAGAAAGACGGGUUAAUUGAUCCUGCUACUGGACAGAAAGUGGAUAACCUUAGUGAUGCUAUUGCCAAAGGACUCUUACCCAAAGAAAUUACUCAAGAUGAUACUGAAAAGCUGCUAUCUACAGAAAGAGAAAGCUUGGCUGACAGUUCAACUCCUGUCGCUUCUUCUGGUAGUGAACACAGCCCUGCAAUUACACUGUCAAUAUGCAGCGCAGACAGUAUGGAAACCUGGUCGGACUCAAACACUGACUCAAAAUCUGUGCUUUACGAGAAAGGUUUGGUAGGCGCGCGAGAGAAAAAAAUAUCAACUGGAUCGGAACAGUCCACAGAAGAAAUUGUGCAAGUAGAGCCUGAUAAAUCACUGGACAUCCUCUCAAAGUUUGCUGCAAAUGUGGAGAAAAAGAUCCAAAAGGCUAUUGAGGAAAUUGCCCCACAGACAGACGAUGCAACUGUAGAUACAAAAGCUGUAACAAUGCCUACUUUUAGAAUUGAUAAUAAAGAAACUGACAUUGUUGGAGAAAAUUUGGAAGAUAGUUUAGCGACUGAAGAAACCAUGGACGAUGCACAAGAAAAAAUUGGCUAUAAAGAGCUUGAUGAGGCUGACCAAAGUGAUAAAAUACUAACAAUUAAAAGCCCAGUUGAGCUUAAUAUUGGAUCUGUUCGAGAAGAGAAGGAGGACAAAAUGCGUGAAGAUAGUAUUAAAGCUGUUAGUAAAAUUCCAGUUGUUGCAAAACUUGAAAAAGAUGCUGCGUUUGAGAAAGAAGUGGAAGAAAUUGGCGUUGCACAAAUUAAAGGCCAAGUUUAUCCUAAAAUGUCAGUGCCUACAAACUCUGAUGGGGCAGAGAAGUUAAUAAAAGUUGGCAAUGCUGUUUUAACAGCAGCUAAAGAAAACGCUGAUGGACUCGUACAAAGCAUUCAAACUUCUGACCAAGUUCUACCAAUGUUCUCCUCUGAAAAUAUGGACACAGUGAAGACAGUUGUGGCAGACAAAAUCGACAUUUCAAAACAAGCUAAAGAUGCCAAACAAAAAACAGAACUUGAGGAAGAUGUGGUUGAGAAUAAGUCAGAGAGCAGAUUUGUGAAACCUUUAGAAACUCAAAAGAGGACUGAAGUUGUGGAGAAGAUGGAGCCCUUGUCAUAUAAAGAUAAUGAUAUUACUCCUUACACAAUAGAAACGACAUCUGUAGACCACAAGGGCAUUCCAGAACCAGCAAAGGAAAGUGAUGAAGAGAUUACUAAAGCUGAGAAGGAGACCAUGAUUACCAAAGAAAAAGAAGCUUCUCCAAUACAAACAGAGAAACAUCAUGAUCGUGUGUCUACUUCAUCCAGUGAUGCAAAGAACAUUGUUAUGGAAAAGAGAGAAACUCCAGCUGAAAGUGAAGAGAUACAGACAACAACAGAUAUUCAGGUUCAGAAUAAAGGAAAGAUCGAAAUAUCAAAACCUGUUGAAACUCUAGACAAAGUAAGUCCUCAAAGUAAGAAAGAUUUUACUAAAGGCAAGAAGGACGCUAUGACUAUCAAAAAGGAAGUUUCAACAACACAAGUAGAGGAAUACCCAGACAGUGUGGCUCGUAUAUCUGAAGAUGAAGAAAGGAUGACUACUGAAGAGAGGAAAAUGCCAACUAAGAGUGAGGAGAUGCCUUCUGGAUUUAAAACCGAUAAUAACGUUGAAAAUGAAGGAGAAAUCGAAAUGACAUCUGUCGAAAUUCUGGAAAAAGCAAGUCCUGUCUUGGAGAUGACUGAUCAGAUCGUGAAGAGUAAAGAUAUUGACACAAAUGGGUUGACAAUAGACAAAAGCAUCUCAGAAGUGGUGAAGGAAACUAAAGAGGCAAAACAUGUUGGAGCUGAAAGUUCUAUUGGUGAAGAUGGAGAUGUCAAGGCAACGAAAAGUCAAGAAAAAAUCACAGCUAAAAUCAAGCCUGACCAGAAAAUUACUGCUACUACCACCACUACUUCUGCUACUUCUCAAUCAGUAGAAGAUGCAUCUGCAGUUGCAAAACCAGCUAAAGAAAUGACAAAGAAAAACGGACGAGCAAAAGCAGUUAAAAAGAUGAAACAAGGAGAAAUAAAACCUACACAAACUGAUAUAAAUCUGUCUGAAACAGUACAAAAUGUUCCUGCUACAGAAACCAAAACUGUUUCAAAACUGGAUAAAGAAAGCAAAGAGAAAAUUGAAGAAAUUGCAAGUUCAGCUAAUAAGGAUGAAAAUAUCAUCGUAGCUGUACCAUCUUUGCAAACUCCAACCAAAGCUGUUUCGAAACUGGAAGAAGAAAGCAAAGAGAAAACUGAAGAAACUGCAGUUUCAGUCGAAAAGGACGAGAAUGUCAUCGUAGCUGCAGCAUCUUUGCAAACUCCAACCAAAACUGUUUCGAAACUGGAUAAAGAAAGCAAAAAGAAAAUUGAAGAAAUUGCAGAUUCAGCUGAUAAGAAGGAAAAUAUCGUCGUAGCUGUACCAUCUUUGGAAACUCCAACCAAAUCUGUUUCGAAACUGGAAGAAGAAAGCAAAAAGAAAACUGAAGAAAUUGCUCUUUCAGCUAAUAAGGAUGAAAAUGUCAUCAUAGCUGUACCUUCUUUGCAAACUCCAAGCAAAACUGUUUCGAAACUGGAAGAAGAAAGCAAAGAGAAAACUGAAGAAACUGCAGUUUCAGUCGAAAAGGACGAGAAUGUCAUCGUAGCUGCAGCAUCUUUGCAAACUCCAACCAAAACUGUUUCAAAACUGGAAGAAGAAAGUAAAGAGAAAACUGAAGAAAUUGUAUUUUCAACCAAUAAGGACGAAGAUGUCAUCGUAGCUGUACCACCUUUGGAAACUCCAACCAAAAUGUCCUCUGACGCUGAUGUAUCUAAACCAGUUAUGGCUGUUCCAGCUAAAGAAACAGACAGCAAAAGUAAGAAGAAGCGAAGACACAAAAAGGCCAGAGGUAACGGUGCAGAUGGUUCAGAGGAGCAACCUGGAGCCAAAUCUGAAGACACUAAAUUUGAAACCAAAACUGAAAAAGGCGCUGAAAUUGUGCAAUCAACUGCUAUUGUCCCAUCUGUAAGUGAAUUUGAGAAAACCAAAAUUAAAGAUGAAAUAUCUUCUUCAGAUGAGGUUCAAAUAGUGGAGGUUGAAAAGGACACUGCAAUCGUCAAAGAAUCGUCAGUUUUCCAAUCAGAGAAAGAGAAGUCAGAAGCGAAACUAGUGAACGGAAGAAAGAAGGCAAAGAAAGUUGAGAAAACUGGUGCGAAUGGUGAGUCUAAAAAUAUAGUACAGCUCCAAGAAGAAAAGGUUAAGAAAGAGGAAGGGGCGUUACCUCAAAAAUCAUCUUUGCCAGAUGAUGAAAAAGCAGCGUUGGUGCUGAAGGCCAAAGAGAGUAUUUUGAAAAAGGUUUUUGAGAAAGGAGUGAGUGAGAAACAAGCAGCGGAGGAAUUGCAAGCCUUACGGAAAGAGGUGGGAAAGAAAGAUGGACAUGGUAAAAUGGUUAAGCCGAUGGAGGAGAGUGUGGGAUCAGAACAGAUACAAAAAGAUAUGAAUGAGCAAGAAAGACCAACGCAAGGUGACGCUGUACAAGGAAGUAAUGGUGAAAUGGAUAAAAUGGUUAAACCCAAAGAAGUGGUUUCAGAUAAGGUUGAAAAUGUUCCUCAUGUAGCAUUAAAAGAAGUAUCUGAAAUUCAACAAAUCAAAGAAACCCAGCCAAAGAAACAACAUAAGAAGCAUAAAAAGGCAAAAACUCAAACGGACCGCACAGAGAAGCCACGUGAAGAAAACGUGAUUUCUGAAGAUACUACUUUGAAACCAAAAUUGCAAGCUAUUGUUGACAAUCAAACUGCAACUAUUGGUUUAUCAGAAAGUAAAAGUGAAGACCAAACACUUUCAAAUUCAACCCAAGCAGAGGAAUAUAGUACUGGGUUAACAAAAGCCUCACCAGAUCUGUCACCUGACCUCUUAAGUACCAAAGAUCUUGGCCAGACUGAUCCGGAUAGAAAUGAGUCAAACAUCCAAAUCCAACCUGUAAUUGAACCGAAGGAAGUGGAGAAAAUUGCAGAGAAAGACGAAAAGAUGGAGGAUACAUUUGAAACAGUAAAUCUGCCAGAUAUCAAAGUUAUUGAAGAACAAAAAGUGGAUGCGCCACAGGGUUUUGAAAUUACCGCAACGGAAUUACCUGAAAAUGGCAAGUCCGAUAACGAAACCCAACCUUUGAACGAGCAGAUUAAAAUAACAGAGGGUGCCGUUUUGAAAAACCAAGCUACAACUUCUAAAACUGGCAAGUCCUCGUUGAAGAAGCAGGAGUGUCUGGAGCUGGAUCAGCAGAUUGUGGCUCUGGUCUCGAUGGUCAGACAUGUUGAAGUCCAACUGAAACAACAGAAGCAGCAGUCUGUGGGACGUAGCCUUAUAGCUCUGAACGACAUCAUAAGACAAACAGAGACAUUGGACCUUGAACUGCGAGAUUUAGAACCUCAAAUCCACAAACAGCUGGAGGCGUCAGAACACUUCCUGAACCCCAAACCGGAGGACCUGCCUCCUCAGCUCCUACUGGCUCUGGAGAAAGACGGACGGAGUCUGUCCCGAGGAUACGAGGCGGCCAAGAGUCUGUCCGAAGAGAUACUGAAGAGUCUGAAGGAGCAUAGAGACUCACACAAGGAGGCAGUAGCAGCAGAGCUCUCUUCUCUGGAAGGGCGAGCUGAGACUCUGCUCUCGUGGCUCAAAGAAACGGAGUCCAAAAUGAGUGAAGGAAUGAACAGGACAGAGGAGAAGGAGGGGGCCGGGGACUGUCCUCUAACACAGCAGCUACAGCUCUGUAAAGAUCUCCAGGACGCCCUGACCUCCCGCUCCAGUGAAGUGAGCGAUGUUGCGUUUGACAUCCAGGUCUUUAUCUCAGAACGAGCCCAAGAUCUGAGCCCGGACCAGAGCAGGGGGGUCCUGGGAAAGCUCCAGCAGCUUCAGGGGGCUUAUCACCAGGCUACAGGCCACGCCCACGCCUGGUCCACGGCUCUGUCCGUCCAGAGGGAGAGAGAGGAGGAGAGGAGACGCAGAGAGGAGAAGAGCAAAGAGGAGGAGAAGAACAGAGAGAGUGCAAAAGAGAGAGAGGUGGUACAGCAGCAGAAAGCCGAGUGCUCACAGAAACUGGAGGGUCUUGCGAUGUAUUUGGCCGGAGCGGCGAGUCUUUUGGCGAGUCAUGUGACCGGGGGACAGUCUGGAGAUGUGAACGCGUUACAGGAGAAGCAGAGGAAGCUAAAGGAGGUACAAAAAGACCUGCAGUCCAAAUCUGAUGGAAUAGCAGAGGCCAUUCGCUCAGUGGAGGAGCUGCUGGCAGAGAAAGGAGACAGUCUGAGCCCAGAGGAGAGGGCAAACCUGCAGGGGGCGCUAGCGAAGAUGAAGGAGCAGUACAGCGCUUUGACAGAUACAGCAAAUACGUCACUGUGCGAGGUGGACUCGGCUAUCAGCACCACAGUCCAACAGAACACACAGAGGGCGAAGGCAGAGGAGGAGCUGCAGGAGACUCGAGGACAGAUCGACUCGCUCCUAAACGAACUGUCCAGCCUCAACCAACUGGGAGCCAAAGGAACGGGCUUCAACGGCACACUGGACUCUGUGCAAUCUGCCCUGUCACCACCAGAGGGCGCUGUGAAGUCACAUACAGACAUGCUACAGUCCGAGUUGCAGCAGCUCCAGGCUCAGCAGGCCCAGCUGAUGCAGGUGUCCCAGUCCGUGCGCUCUCUCCUGGAGCAGCCAGACUCCGCCGUCCCCCCCGAAGAGAAGAGGCGUCUGAGGGCGGCUCUGGACCAGCUACAGGCCCAGCACCAGGAGCGGCUGCACAACUGCCAGGACCGCUUGAGGAAGUCCGAGGCCCUGAAGGACGAGCUCACCAAGUUCGUCCAGGAGCACGGGAGCCUGGUGUCGUGGCUGGAUCAGUCCGAACACGAGCUCAAGUCUCUGGGAGAAGGAGAGACCGACGCCCAGGGCCUGAAGGCAAGAAUGGAGGAGCACAGGAAGCUGUCUGAGGAUGUCAUUUGCCACAAAGCAGACCUGCGCUUCGUGUCCAUUUCGGGUCAGAAGGUUCUGGACUCGGUGCAGGGGGCUCUGGAGCAGGUGGGAGGUUCUGACCCCGCUCUGGACAGCACCAAACAACUGGUCACAGACAAACUACACGACGCUAACCACAGAUACACUGCACUGCAUACUAAGUCGUCAGAGUUGGGGGCCCGUCUCUCCGGCCUGUUGGAGCGGUACCAGCAGUAUCAGGAUGAGAUGGUGUCUCUGCACUCGUGGCUCAGCGCUCAGGAACAAAACCAAAGCAUCACCAAACCCACAGUGGACACAGACCCACAGAACUUGCAGAACACACUACGACAAGUCCAGUCGUUGCAGGAUGAAAUGGCGGAGCGCUCCGUCCAGCUGGAGAAGGUGAAACGCGCCGGGCGAGACCUGGUGAGCACCGAGGAGUCUCCGUCCCUCAGAGCUGUGGACAUCCUCUGUGCUGCAGAUGGUCUGGAGAAGCGUUUUGGCUCUCUGUCCUCGUCUGUGUCGGAGCGGGCGGAGCAGCUCCAGACCGCCGUGGCUCAGUCCGUCAGCGUCCAGGAGGGACUCAAGACUCUGCUGUCCUGGUUAGAAGAGCUCCCCCUGCAGCCGGCACCGGUACUGCCCACCGCUCAGGCUGUGCAAGAGGCUCUCACACAGAACCAGAAACUGCGUCAGGAGAUACUGUCGAGACAGGGCAGCGUCGACGCCACAAGAGACGCCGUGUCCAAACUUCUGCAGAGCUCGGACGCCUCCACCGCCUCCGGUCUGAAGAGCUCCCUGGACCAGCUCACGCAGAGGUUCACUAAAGCCCAGGCGGUUCAAACGGAGAGGGAGACCGAGCUCAAAGCACUGCUGCCCCGCCUGGAGAACUACGAGCGCUUGGGCACGGACCUCCAGGUGUUCACCCAGAGCAGACUGAAGGCCCUGAGCCCUGUGGGACAACCAGACCGCAGUGUGGAGGACUACAGGCAGACGAUAGAGGAGGUGAAGUCUGAGCUGGAGCAGGAGUCCGGUCAGCUGAAGUCUUUCUGCAGCCUGGGCUCUGAGCUCAGCCAAUCGAAAACCUUCACCAACACUCAGAGCCUAUUGGACAACGUCAAAGAAGUGUCUGAAGAAUUCAACCAACUGGAGACAAGCGUCAAUAAAAGAUUCGCUGCGAUCCACGCCUGUGAGGAGCAGCUGCAUCAGUUCCGUGGGCUCUCCGGCUCCCUCCUCAGGUGGCUGCAGACGGCGCAGGACCAACUCCCCGCCAAAGAGAGCAGCCUCAACACGGACGGGCUGCAGAGGAGGGUACAGCAGCUCAAGGACUUGUUGAAUGACUGGGAAUCUCAGAAAUCCAGAGUUCAGGAGUUGAACAAAAAAGGCUCAGAGCUGGAGACAAUUAUCAUCGACAUCACCGCACCACAAACCAAAACUGGUGCCCCUCACAUCAAUGGUUCUUCAGGUCCCAGCAGUCUCAAUGGCAUUCACACAUGUAAAGAUUUGACAGAGCUGCAGGUGGCCGUGUCAGACGUGAACAGCAGAUACGAGUCUCUGGGUUCAGAUCUGCAGGAGCGUCUGUCCAAACAGCAGUCCUCUCUGGAGCUGAGGCAGAAGGCGUCCGAGGGCACCCAGGAACUCCAGGGCUGGCUCACCCAAAAGGAGAGCAGCUUCACCCAGGCUCAGGUCGCCUCCCCGUCCAAGUCCGAGGUCGUCCGUGCACAAGCUCAAGAGAACAAGGCGUUGCUGUCUGAACUGGCCGAACGCGCCGCUAAAGUGGAGGAGCUGAAGAGCACUUUGAGGAAACUGAUCUCAGAAAACCCAGAUUCUCCAGAGGCUGAGACCUGGAGACAGCAGCUACAAGAGAUCGACUCCAGGUGGCAGGCGACCAAUCAGACGGCGGCACAAAGGCAGAAGGAGCUCGAGACGUGCGCUGAUAGGCUGGGCACCUUCGCCUCGGCGGCCAAUCAGCUCGCCCCGUGGCUCAGGGAGAAGGAGCUGAUGAUGAGUGUCCUGGGACCCCUGAGCAUAGACCCCAACAUGCUCAACACGCAGAAACAGCAAGUGCAGUUCAUGUUGCGUGAGUUUGAGACGCGGCGUCCGCAGUUGGACCAGUUGACCCAGGCGGCGGAGGGCAUCCUGUCUCAGUCCGACCCCUCGCAGGAGCCCUCUGACCUGGGGGAGGUGAGGGCCGAGCUGGGGUCCAUCACCCAACAGUGGGACGGACUCACGGACAGACUGACGCAGAGAGCCAGCAACAUCGACCAGGCACAAGGAACCAGCCAGAGAUACCAGACCCUGCUGAGGGAGCUGUCCUCCAGUGUCUCUGCUCUGGGGGAGAGACUGGACUCCCAGGCCUCUCUGAGCGCUCAGCCCGAGGCCCUGAAGCAGCGGCUGCAGGAGACCGGAGAGAUCAAGUCUGAGCUGGAGCGGCGGAGAGGAGAGCUGGCCGAGGCUGAGAGGCUGUGCCAGGAGCUCAGUGCCAUCGUGGUGGAACCGUACCUGAAAGAGGAGCUCAAGAAGAGGCUGGACAGUGUGAGCGGGCCCCUGAGGAGUCUAGAGGAGCGCGCCGCUGAUGGUCUGUCCCAGCUUCAGGCGGCUCUCUCCUCCACACAGCAGUUCCAGCAGAUGUUUGAGGAGCUCCGGUCGUGGUUGGACAAACAGGCGGAUCUCAAAGAAGCCUCUAGUGUGUCCUUACCCUGUACCCCCGAUGCCCUCCGCUCCCUCUUGUCCCAAACAGAAGAUCUACAGCGGGGCAUAGCCAGUCAGAGAGGAUCCUACGAACUCCUCCAGGCUGAGGGCGCUUCACUUUUAGCGUCUUUACCAACCGGAGGAGACGAAAGAACCGCGCUGCAAUGCCAACUCACCGGUUUAAAACGAGACUGGGAAGGACUGAAUGAGAAAAUAUCGGAGAGGGAGAGCAAGCUGAAGAAUACUCUAGCCAAAGCAGAGGCCUACCAGCAGCAUAAGAGCGAGCUGGUGCCAUGGUUGUCCGACUGUGAGGAGAGGGAUAGAGAGAUUCAGCCCUCCUUGGAGUCUUCUGCGCUGGACGAGUGUCUGCUGAAGGCCAAAGCUCUGGGGCUGGAGCUGGAGAGGAGACAGCCCCACAUGGAAGCUUUUAACACCGCGGCCGAUCAGCUGCUGGAGCAGUGCUGUAUCGGUGACGAAGAGGUGAGGGAUGAGAAGGCCCAGCUGAACCGUCGAGUGGACCGUCUGGGGGAGAGUGUCCACAACAGGACGUCUCACCUGGAGGAGCUCAGCACUCGUCUCAGGGAGUUUGAGGAGGGCAGAGCGGCUGUGGAGAGGAGGCUCGAGGCCGCCAAGCACCAGAUCGAAGUCCAGGAGGCGCUAGGACCACAGGCGUGCAGCGCUAAGAGCCUGGAGAGACUGCGCAGUCAACAGGACAGUCUGAGGUCGCUCCAGCCGCAGGUGGUCUACCUCAAAGACCUGGCCCAGGGGCUGGUGCAGGACGCCCCACAGACACCAGGGGGCAGCACUGAAGGGGCCGACAGGCUCCAGAAUCAGGCCAAAGACACAGAGAAGGAGUAUGAAGAAGUUACUGACAAGAUCGAGUCUUGCUGUUCGUCUCUGGAGUCGCGUCUGCAGGGCGUCAGUGAGGUCCAGUCUCAUGUGCGCGACGUCUUCUCUCGUUUGGCCGAUCUGGACGAUGAGCUGGACUCCCUCUGCCCCGUGGGGAGGGACGCAGACUCCCUCUCCUCCCAGGCAGACGUGCUCAAAGGGUUCCUGUCCCGUUUGAGCACAGUGAGGUCCCAGCUCGAGGCCCACGCCGCCGAAUGUACCAACAUGCUCCGAAGAGAGGGGUCAUCUCCAGACCUGCUCGCCCUCAGGAGAGAGACCGAGGCGCUGAGUCGACAGGCGGGCAAGCUGAGUGAGCGUGGUCAGGCCCGCUUGGAUCAGAUCGAGGAUGCUUCUGAGCGCGUGCGGGACUUUUACCGCCUGGUCUCCGAGCUGCAAAGCAUGCUGGGACGGGCGGAGGAGGGGCUGGAGGCUCAGGCCGUGGUGGGGACAGAGGUGGACACCAUCAAACAGCAGCUACACGAGUUCAAGGCGGUGGAGCGGGAGCAGGUGGACAGUAUCCAGCCGAAGUUGCAGCACGUGAACGCGGUGGGACAGGGCCUGAUCCAGAGCGCCGCCAAACACACCGACACGCAGGGACUGGAGCACGACCUGGAGACCACCAACCUCAGAUGGAACUCACUCAACAAAAGGGUGGCAGAGCGCAUUGCCCAGCUGCAGGAGGCCCUGUUGCAUUGUGGGAAGUUUCAGGAUGCUCUGGAGCCGCUGCUCAGUUGGCUCAGCGACACAGAGGAGCUGGUGGCCAAUCAGAAGCCUCCGUCUGCAGAGUACCGCGUGGUCAAGGCACAAAUACAGGAACAGAAGUUGUUACAGAGACUCUUGGACGACCGCAAACCCACAGUGGACAUGAUCCGGGCCGAGGGAGAGAGAAUCGCAGCCACCGCCGACGCUCCAGACCGGGACAAGAUCCAGACCCAGCUCCAGAGUCUGGACCAGAGAUGGACCAGCCUCAUGGACAAGGCCAGCGGCAGGCAGAGGCAGUUGGAGGAGCUGCAGGUUUUGGCGCUUGAGUUUCACGAAGCUCUGGAGCCUCUGGGUGAAUGGCUCAGUGCCACAGAGCGACGCCUGAGCUCCGCUGAACCCAUGGGAACCCAGACGGCCAAAAUAACACAGCAAAUCGCCAAACACAAGGCUCUCCAAGAGGAAGUGUCCUCACACGGAACCGACGUGGACCACCUCGAGUCCCUGGGCCAGAGCCUGACCCCCCUGAGCAGCCAGGCCGACCGCGACUGGCUGAACGAGCGCGUGGGGGCGGUGCGUUCGGGUCACUCCGAGCUCGCCGACUGGUGCGCGAGGAGGGCGGCCAUGCUGGAUCAGGCUCUGGCCAAUGCGGAGCUGUUUGGGGAGGACGAGGUGGAGGUGAUGAACUGGCUGGCCGAAGUGGCUCAGAGGCUGGGGCAGGUCUCAGUGCAGAGUUACCAACCAGAGCAGCUGAACGAGCAGCACAAGCACGCACUGGCGCUGAAUGAGGAAAUCGUGAGCCGAAAGAAAACCGUGGACCAGGCGAUCAAAAACGGACAGGCUUUACUCAAACAAACCACAGGCGAGGAGGUGCUUCUGAUCCAGGAGAAGUUGGAUGGGAUAAAAUCUCGAUACGCUGAGAUGACGGCGGGCAGCAGCAAAGCCCUGCGGACUCUGGAGCAGGCGCUGCAGUUAGCCACGCGGUUCUCCAGCGCCAACGACGACCUCAACCAGUGGCUCGACUCUGUGGAGGCGGAGCUUAACAACACCGAGCCAGACGCCACGCCGGCCUAUCAGGAGAGGCAGAAGGAGUUGAAGAAGGUUUCUGCAGAGAAGCGUCUGGUUCUGGACACUGUGAAUGAGGUGGGCAGUGCUCUUUUAGACCUGGUGCCCUGGAGAGCCAGAGAGGGGCUGGACCGACUCGUGGCCGACGCAAACCAGCGCUACAGACAGGCUGACGACACCAUCACACAGAGGGUACAGCUGGUGCAGGCCGCCAUCCAGAGGUCACAACAGUACGAGGAGGCCGUAGAUGCAGAGCUGGCCUGGGUUGGGGAGACGGAGCGUAAACUGUCGUCUCUGGGGCCUCUGAGCCUGGAGCCUGAUGUGACCGGGGCCCAGCUGCAGGUGCAGAGAGCCUUUAACAUCGACAUCAUCAGACACAAAGAUACAGUGGACCAGCUCCUGUCCUCACGCCAAGACAUCCUGGAGACUUGCAGUGAUGCACAGAGGGACGCGCUCAUGGUGAAGACAGACUCUCUGAGCCUGCGGUACGAGGCGGUCAGUCAGAGCCACAGUGAGCGGUUCUCGGCUCUGGAACAAGCCCAGGUCCUGGUGGCCCGGUUCUGGGAGACGUACGAGGAGCUGGAGCCGUGGCUCGGAGACACAGAGGCUCUGAUCUCACAGCUGCCUCCUCCGGCCAUAGACACUGAUGCACUGAGACAACAGCAGGACCACAUGAGGUUGCUUCGCGAGUCCAUUGCCGAACACAAACCUCACAUAGACAAGCUGCUGAAGAUUGGGCCUCAGCUGGCAGAGCUCAGCCUUCACGAUGGAGAAACCGUAACUCAGCGCUACAACGAGGCUGAAAGACGCUACAUCGCCAUCAAAGAGGAGGUCAAAGGUCGCGCUACUACACUGGACGAAGCGGUCUCCCAGUCUGCACAGUUCCACGAUAAGAUGGACCCUCUGCUGGAGACCCUGGAGGGGGCCGUGCAGAGGCUCAGACAGCCCCCACCUGUGGCCGCUGAGGUGGAGAAGAUCCGGGAGCAGCUGUCGGAGCACCGAGCCCAGGGCCUGGAGCUGGACAAACUCCUGCCCAGUUUCUCUGCUCUGUGCGCCCGAGGAGAAGAGCUGAUUGGACGGGCAGCUCACGACGAUCCUGCCGCCCAGGCUGUGCGUUCUCGUCUGCUCCGGCUGCGCUCUCUGUGGGAUGAGAUUCGUCAGCGUGCAGAGGAGCGCGAGUCCAAACUCAACGACGUGCUGGAUCUGGCCGGGAAGUUCUGGUCUGACGUGGCGGCUCUGCUCAGCACGCUCCGAGACUCCCAGGACAUCGUGAGGGAGCUGGAAGACCCCGGAGUCGACCCGUCCCUCAUCAAACAGCAGAUAGAAGCAGCAGAGGCCAUCAAAGCCGAGACGGACGGGCUGCGGGAGGAGCUGGAGUUUGUCAGGACUCUCGGGGCUGACCUCAUCUUUGCCUGUGGAGAAACUGAGAAACCCGAAGUGAAGAAAACCAUUGAUGAGAUGAACGCCGCCUGGGAGGGACUGAACCGAACAUGGAGGGAGCGGAUGGAGAGACUGGACGAAGCAAUGACCGCCUCUGUCCAGUAUCAAGAUGCACUCCAGUCCAUGUUCGAUUACCUGGACAAUGCUGUGAUCAAACUGUGUGACAUGUCGACUGUUGGGACUGACCUGGGAACAGUGAAGCAGCAGAUCGAGGAACUCAAGCAGUACAAAGUGGACGUGUACCAGCAGCAGAUCGACAUGGAGAAACUCUGCCACCAGGGGGAGCUGUUGUUGAAGAAAGUCUCAGAUCAAACUGACAGAGACAUGAUCCAGGAACCACUGACCGAACUCCGACACCUUUGGGAAAAUUUAGGGGACAAAAUCACCCAGCGACAGCACAAACUGGAGGCCGCCCUGCUCGCCCUGGGCCAGUUUCAACACGCGCUGUCGGAGCUGCAGGCCUGGCUCAGUCACACUCACGCCACCUUAGACACGCAGAGAGCCGUGACCUCUGACCCCAAAGCCAUCGAGAUCGAACUGGCCAAACACCAUGUGCUGCGUAACGACGUGCUUUCCCAUCAUGCAACAGUGGAGACGGUGAACAGUGCGGCGGCGGAGCUCCUGGAGUCUUCCCCCGGAGACGAGGCAGGUCACCUCCGAGAGCAGCUGGAGCAACUCAACCAGAGCUGGGAGAGUCUGCUACUCAAGACCCAGGACCGCCAGAAACUCCUGGAGGCCGCACUGCAACAGGCGGAGGGCUUCCAUGGCGAGCUGGAGGAGUUCCUUCAGUGGUUGAGGAGGACGGACAGUCAGCUCUCCGCAGCCAAACCCACAGGAGGCCUCCCGGAGACGGCCAGGGAGCAGCUCCAGCAACACAUGGAGCUCCAGGCCCAGCUGACGCAGAGGGCAGAGCAGUACCACCGUCUGCUGGACCAGGGGGAGUCCAUGCUUUUGGCCCGAGGAGAAGAGGCCGGACCUGGGACCACGCAGACCCAACAGAACCUCGCCAUGCUCCAGAACAAAUGGACCAGUCUCAACGCCAAAAUGGACGACCGCAGGGCGAAGUUGGAGGAGGCGGUGUCUUUGGCCACAGGUUUCCAGACUUCUCUUCAGGACACCAUAAACUGGCUCACUCAGGCUGAACAGACUCUGAACAUGGCCCAGCCCCCCAGCCUCAUCCUGGACACUGUGCUCUUCCAGAUCGACGAGCACAAGGUGUUCGUGAAUGAAGUGAACACGCACCGGGAGCAGGUCCUGGCUCUGGAGAAGUCCGGCUCUCAGCUCAGAUUCGCGAGUCUCAAACAGGAUGUGGUCCUGAUCAAAAACCUGCUGCUCAGUGUUCAGGCGCGAUGGGACAAACUGGUGCAGAGGUCACUGGACCGAGGACGACACCUGGACGAGGCGCGCAAGAGAGCCAAACAGUUCCACGAGGCCUGGAGGAAGCUCACAGACUGGCUGGAGGAGGCUGAGAAGCGUCUGGACUCUGAGCUGGAGAUCUCCAACGAACCGGACAAGAUCAAAGUUCAACUCACUAAACACAAGGAGUUCCAGAAGGCUUUGGGGUCUAAGCAGCCGGUCUAUGACACCACAGUGAGGUCGGGCCGAGCCAUGAGAGACAAGGCCCAGCUCCCGGACGACAAACAGAAACUGGACCAUUUGGUGGGAGAAGUGCGCGACAAGUGGGACACCGUCUGUGGCAAAAGUGUGGAGAGGCAGCACAAGCUGGAGGAGGCCCUGCUCUUCUCGGGGCAGUUUGCAGAGGCUCUUCAGGCUCUGGUGGACUGGCUUUACAGAGUGGAGCCACAGUUGGCCGAGGACCAGCCUGUGCACGGAGACUUUGACCUGGUCUCCAACCUCAUGGACGCUCAUAAGGCUUUCCAGAAGGAGCUGGGGAAGAGGACCACAAACAUCCAGGCUCUGAAGAGAUCAGCUCGAGACCUGAUGGACACAGGACGGGACGACACGGCCUGGGUCAAAGUUCAACUGCAGGAGCUUAGCAACCGCUGGGACACUGUGUGCGCUCUGUCUGUGACCAAACAGACGAGGCUGCAGCAGGCGUUCAAACAGGCGGAGGAGUUUCGUAGCACGGUGCAGGUGCUCCUGGAGUGGCUGUCGGAGGCGGAGCAAAGCCUGCGUUUCCGAGGCGUCCUGCCGGAGGAGGCGGAGACUCUCCAGGCUCUGCUCCACACACACAGAGACUUCCUGGGAUCUGUGGAGGACAAAAGGACAGACGUGAACAAGGCUGCGGGGAUGGGAGAGGCCAUUCUCACUGUGUGUCACCCAGACUCCAUCACCACCAUCAAGCACUGGAUCACCAUCAUCAGAGCGCGCUUCGAGGAGGUGUUGACGUGGGCGAAGCAGCACGAGCAGAGGCUGGAGACGGCUCUGACCGAGGUCCUGAACAACGCAAACCUGCUGGAGGAGCUCCUGUCCUGGCUGCAGUUUGCGGAGACCACCCUGAUCCAGAGAGACACAGACCCCCUCCCACAGGACAUCCCCCAACUCAAGUCCCUCAUCACCGAGCACCAGAGUUUCAUGGAGGAGAUGACGAGGAAACAGCCGGACGUCGACAAAGUGACAAAAUCUUACAAGAGAAAACCCUCUGAGACCCUGGCAGAGAGGAGAGGACGUAAACAGCAGCAGCAACAGCAGGGGGCAGUACAGGUCACAUCGGCGAAUCCUCGUCUGAACCAGCUCUGCGCUCGGUGGCAGCAGGUGUGGCUCCUGGCUCUGGAACGCCAACGUAAACUCAACGAUGCCCUGGACAGGCUGGAGGAGCUGAAGGAAUUUGCCAACUUUGACUUUGACGUGUGGAGGAAGAAGUACAUGCGCUGGAUGAACCAUAAGAAGUCCAGAGUGAUGGACUUUUUCAGACGAAUCGACAAAGACCAGGACGGAAAGAUCACCAGACAGGAGUUUAUAGACGGCAUCCUGGCUUCAAAGUUCCCGACCAGUAAACUGGAGAUGACGGCGGUGGCGGACAUCUUUGAUCGCGAUGGAGACGGUUACAUCGACUAUUAUGAGUUUGUCGCCGCUCUACAUCCGAACAAAGACGCGUACAGACCGACCACGGACGCAGAUAAGAUCGAAGAUGAGGUGACUCGACAGGUGGCGCAGUGCAAAUGUGCCAAGAGGUUCCAGGUGGAGCAGAUCGGGGAGAACAAGUACAGGUUUGGGGAUUCUCAGCAGCUGCGGUUGGUUCGUAUCCUGCGCAGCACGGUCAUGGUGAGAGUGGGAGGAGGCUGGAUGGCUCUGGACGAGUUUCUGGUCAAGAACGAUCCAUGUCGAGCUCGCGGAAGGACCAACUUGGAGCUGAGAGAGAAGUUCAUCUUACCGGAGGGGGCGUCGCAGGGUCUGGCAGCGUUUAGGUCCAGAGGAAGAAGAUCUAAGCCGGGCUCCAGAAACGCCUCCCCGACCCGCUCCUCCUCCUCGGCCUCUCACAGCGGAGCGUCUGGGCCCUCUGCUCCGUCUGCGCCCGCUACACCCACCACCUCGGCCUCGUCCAGGUCGUCCCACACUCGCGACUAUGCCAAACCGUGGCUGGCUCACAGUAAAACACCGACAGCAUCCAAGUGCCACUGCUGCCCCGAUGGCCACGAGGGGGCAGCGUCGGGCUCCAAGCUGAAGAGGCCCACGUUCCACUCGAGCCGAGGAUCUCUGACCGGAGAGAACGGAGGAACCAGCCACACCAGCAAACCCACACGGACUGACCCAAAGCGCGGGGGCUCUACCACCAGUGGUCCCACGAGUCGCGCCGGGAGCAGAGCGGGGAGCCGGGCGAGCAGCCGCCGUGGCAGCGACGCAUCAGACGCCUCCGAGCUCCAGGACGCGCGCUCCGUCUGCUCCGACGCCUCCGACACCCCGCGGCGACCAGGAGGGGGCGCCAAACCAUCCAAAAUCCCCACCAUCUCCAAAAAGGCCCCCAGCCCCAAGACUACCAGCGCUACCAAGAAAUGAUCACGAGCAUCUUAGCACUACGGAGGGAAGGAUUCAGGAAAACACGCUCUUUCUGUCUCGACUUUCCUCCGAAUAAAACCAUGCACAAGAACGAAGAGCGACGGUCCACAGUGACUUUCCCUUUAAGACAGGACCUGCCUCUUCUCACUGAAUUGACGUAUGCUGCCUUAUUUUGUGUUACUAGUCCCGAUUCUAGACAGCCAGAGCGGCGUUAAAAGGAGCGGAACCACAAAAAAAAAAAAACUGUUCAGGAAGACAUUUUGGUUUUUCCAGCCCAGAUGCCUCGAGGAUGAGCUAAAAAAAAUACAGAAAAUAUGCAACAACUGCCAUGCCACUUCCUCCAAACUGAAAUGCGUCGACCUCAGCAGAAACAACUGAGCAGCUUCCUGAGUUUGGGGUGAAACAAUUUUAGCGAUCCCGGCCGGUGGCUACGAGACGUAAAAGUAUUCCCAAAAAAGAGACAAGGAUUUGCAUUUCAACGCGAGGCGAGUGUGUCAAUACAACAACUUCAAACUGGUAUUGAAAUAAAGGACUAUUUUUAUUCUAACAGCACAUAAUAACUGACAGUUUAACCCAAACCAGCAUGCACUAACCUCGUCCACUUUUGGCCUAUUGACGAAGAUAAGUCUGACACAUGUUACAAGAAAAUAGAGGUCACUGUAUGCAAACGUUUUAAUUUGCGAAUGUCUUUUUUGUGGUUAAUUUAUAUCUGAUUUUGUUUAUCUAGCUUAAAUAAAUAAUAAGAGUAUAUUUAUUUUGACAUCAUAUCAUCGGCAGAUUGAGUAUUACUGGUUCAAAACUUUUGUACCAAGAAAGUGUGUGCGUUUUGUGUGUACAUUUUGUCUUCAUUGUCGCUAACCAUCUUGUAUUUUUUUUGUUCUUUUUGCUACUAUGGCUCGGUUUCCAAAUCAUGACCAAAGGGGACUUGCCCUUAAUCUGUAGACAAGAAACUACAUUUAUGAUUGACAAGGAGGCGUGACCGAGCGGACCAAUGAGAGCAGGUUUCCUCCCUCAUGUCCCGCCCCCUUUACUUCUUCUUUUUAGGCUUUUUCAAAUGCCCCAAAUGUCAAGUUGGGGCCGGAGAUGUGUCUGUUAUCUCAAUGUACGAGAUGAAGAAUGAAUUAAGUGACCGAUUGAAGAUCUGUUUAGGUGAUUUUUAUUUAUUUAUUUGUCUGGAGGUGGAUUUUUGGGCAGAGGAGCCUACACCUUUUGAUGCUGUGCUUAUCUCAGUGUGAAGACGAGGGGAGGGAGGGGGCGUUACUACGACUCAAUUGUGUAAAAGUAAAAAGAACUAAAAUUAUAAACAUUUUUGUUCUGUUUUUGUAUUAAAAUAUGCUUGCAGUAAAGUGA